AUGCAUGCAGGAAAUGAAACCACGGUAACAGAAUUUAUCCUUGUGGGAUUUUCUGUGAUUCCAGGACUUGAAUAUUUAUUUAUUACAGUGCUUUUAAUUAUCUAUGUAAUAACCGUUCUUGGAAACGCAUCUAUUAUCUUUACUUAUUCUCUUUGUUCAGAGCUGCACACCCCUAUGUAUUUUUUUCUUACCAACUUUUCCUUUUUAGAAAUAUGUUAUGUUUCCACCACUUUUCCAAAGCUUUUAUCAGAUUUAUUAAGAGAACAAAAAUCAAUCUCCUUCUUUGGCUGUGCUGUGCAAAUGUAUACUUUUUUCCUUAUUGCCGGCCUGGAGUGCUGUAUGUUUGCAGCCAUGGCGUACGAUCGGUAUAACGCUAUAUGCCAUCCCCUCUUGUAUCAAACUAUUAUGAACAGAAAAGUGUGUGUUCAGCUCUUGGCUGGGGGUUUGAUCAUUAGCUCGACAAACUCUCUAAUACACACUCUCCUAACGUUCAAGUUGCCCUUCUGUGAUAAGAUUAUCAAUCACUUCUUUUGUGAUAUUCCUCCUUUACUGAAACUGGCAUGUAGAGUAAACCUAACAAAUAUAAUUGCUCUCUUUAUCAUUGGUGGCUUCAUUCUUGUUGGAUCGUGUGUUUGUAUUGUUCUUUCUUACACUCGAGUCAUUGCAACUAUCCUAGGUAUCCAUUCCACUUCUGGUAGAAUGAAAGCGUUCUCAACCUGUUCCUCUCACUUGACAGCAGUUACAAUAUUUUAUGGAUCCGGUAUUUUUAUGUAUUUAAGACCCAAACCAAGUUAUGAAAUUGAUCAGGACAAGCAGAUUGCUCUUAUGUACACUAUUAUUGCACCACUGCUCAAUCCCUUUAUAUAUACGCUUAGAAAUGUGGAUUUUAAUGUAGCUUUUAGAAAGAUAAUACAACAUGUGUUUUCUCGAAAAUUCUAG